CACCAUGGCCGCCACGACUCGCCGAGGAGGACAACUUCUACAUCCCGACCAGGAAACCGUGCCGAGGCAAUAAGUCGCAACAGCCGCCGUCCCCUGGAGCACAGCGAGGCGAUGACAGCGCAGUCGGUCGGUGGCGUGUGCUGAGGUUUCCCACCCCCACCCCUGGACGUUAACGCGGCACGAGGAGCCAUAAAGAAACUCCCCUGCUUUAUUUUUUUUUCCGCGUCCGUGCCUGUCACUUUAGCCGGCUAGCUACCGCACACAGCCGCCGUCCUCCGGCGAACGCGCCGCAGUCGCGGAAAAAAAAAAAAGACGGGGGGGGGGGGCUACGCUUUUUUGGUUUUUCACUCGGAACGUGACCUGUUCGAGGCGGGUGCGGAGAGAACGUCCGAAGGCCCCGCGCGGAUAAGUUUGUGAGCACUCAUUAGCCUAGCCUAGCCUAGCCUAGCCUAGCCUAGCCUAGCCUAGCUUGAGCGAGCUAGCCAAUUAGCAUUGUAGUUACACAAGACGCGCUGCUAAUCCACGCACCAUCAUCGGCAUUACCGGGGGUUACUUAAAGGAACCAAGGGUGGGGGAUUUAACCCCUCUACUUAGCACACCCUGCAACUCUUCUGUUGAUCCCCUUGCUGGUGGUUCUUUUUUUUGGAAUAACAAUUGCAAACUGUCAAGAUUGUGUAGGAAAUACAAAACUGCAGCGUUCACUGGGGGUGGUGUGUUGAUCCCCUUUUUUUUUAUUGAUUGAAAUUUAUAUUAGUAGAUUGCACAUAGUAGAUUUAUCCCCUUGCUGGUGGUUCUUUUUUUUUUUGGAAUAACAAUUGCAAACUGUUGGAUUGUGUAGGAAAUACAAAACUGCAGCGUUCACCGGGGGUGGUGUCUAAUGUUGGCUUUGCUGCAAAACUGCAAGAAUGGAUGCAGUAUUUUAUUGACUUUGGUGGACAAGUGGCCAGUUUGAACAGAGGUCAAAUACUGAGGGCUAAAAGAUCACAUUAGUAGUUGCAUCCCCCGCACCCUUCACACCUCCCCUGCAGUACUGGAAUAGUUUGAUGGACGCGGGGGGCUGUUUGCCAGACUGUCCCUUCUAUAGUCAGUCAUGUACGUCUUGACACAUACACCUAGUGCCUGCUGUCGGAACCCGGUGUGGUUAUGUCGGUGGACGUCUCCUUCACAAACGCAAGACAAUGCGUAUUAGUUAGUGCCUAGCCAGAGACUACGUUGGAGAUUAACCCUUAACCACGCUGCCUACACACACGCACACACAGGCAGGCCACUGUUUAUUAGUCGUCGGGGAAUCGAACGUCGACGCCUGCCACUCUGGAUCAAGAAAACCCGCCCCUCGUGUCCGGUUGGAGUAACACCCUCAAGCCCAAAUCAAUGCCUUCGGCGCUGGCCGUGUUCGCCUGCCGACCCAACUCUCACCCGUUCCAGGAGAGGCAUGUGUACCUGGAUGAGCCCGUCAAGAUCGGCAGGUCGGUGGCUCGGUGUCGGCCGGCCCAGAACAACGCCACCUUCGACUGCAAGGUGCUGUCCAGGAACCAUGCCUUGGUUUGGUUCGACCACAAGACCGGCAAGUUCUACCUGCAGGACACAAAAAGCAGCAAUGGCACGUUCAUCAACAGCCAGAGGCUGAGUCGUGGCUCGGAGGAGAGUCCGCCCUGCGAGGUCCUUUCUGGAGACAUCAUUCAGUUUGGCGUCGAUGUCACUGAGAACACACGCAAAGUCACACAUGGCUGCAUCGUGUCAACAAUCAAACUCUUCCUGCCCGAUGGGAUGGAGGCACGCAGACGAAGCGAUGUCAUCCAGGCGCCGCUGCCGCUGCCUGUAGACAAGGUUGCGGCCAACACUCCCAGUAUGUAUUCUCAGGAACUCUUCCAGCUCUCCCAGUAUCUACAGGAGGCCUUACACAGGGAGCAGAUGUUGGAGCAGAAGCUCGCCACUCUGCAGCGUCUGCUCGUCAACACUCAGGAGGCCUCGGAGAGCAGCUGGCAGGCUCUGAUUGAUGAAGACCGUUUGCUGUCCAGACUGGAGGUGAUGGGCAGUCAACUGCAGGCUUACUCAAAGUCCCAGACAGAGGACGGCAUCCGGAAAGAGCUCCUUGCUCUCCAGGACGACAAACACAACUACGAGACCACGGCCAAAGAGUCUCUCAGGAGAGUCCUGCAGGAGAAGAUCGAGGUGGUCAGAAAGCUGUCGGAGGUGGAGCGCUCGCUGAGCAACACGGAAGACGAGUGCACCCACCUGAAGGAAAUGUCUGAGAGGAGCCAGGAGGAGCUGAGGGAGCUGGCCAACAAGUACAACGCUGCAGUCAAUGAAAUCAAAGAGCUUACAGACAAAAUAAAGGCAGCGGAGGGCCGCCAAGAGGAGCUGACCCAGCGGGGGGCGUCGGAGAAGCGAGCGCUGGAGCUGCGGAUCGAGGAGAUGGAGGAGAAGGAGCAGGUUCUCCAGGCUCGCAUUGAGGCUCUACAGGCCGACAACGACUUCACCAACGAGAGGCUCGCCGCCCUGCAGGUGCGCUUAGAGCAGCUCCAAGAGAAAAGCAUUAAGGAAAACAACAGUCUGGAUGAGGACUUAGGCUCCCCUGAGGCGGGAGAGGAGCCCGCGGUCGAGGGUCCAAGCCUGCAGACACCCGAGAGCCCUGAGGAAGAAGAAGAGGAAGAUGAGGAGGACACGGACACGGACGAGGGUGCAGUCGGUGAAGACGCAGAUGACAACUGUCACGUUAACAGCGGAGGAGACGCCACUCGAAUCCAACAGUUGAUUGAGUGUCCGCCAGUGAAACAGCUGAAGGAAGCAGUCAGUUCAUCAAUCCAUAAACUGACCAUCUUUGAUGACACCCACCUACAGAACAACCAGACAGCAGAAGACAACAUCCUGACCAGCCCGGAUCGUCUUAAAGGAAAUCAGAUGGAUGCCAAAGAGUCGGACAUGUCUGACACGCUGAGUCCAAGCAAAGACCGCAGCAGUGACGACACAUCAGACGGCAACAUGGACGACCAGGAGCUCAAUGAACCCCUGAACAGAGUAGCUCUUCUUAAAGCUGAGUUGCAUCGGGCUGGCUUAGAACCUGGUGACACGGAACAGGUCAUCCACCACCUCCACAGGGAGCUUCUGGAGGCCCAGGAACUAGCCAACACUGGCAAACAGAAAUGUCUGGACCUUCAAGCUCUGCUGGAGGAGGAGAGGAGGAAUAACUCUCAGCAGACCGAGGAGUCGACCAAACAGAUUCAGUACCUGCAGACUCAGCUUGGGAAGCUGCAGGCUGACAUGGAGGCUUUGAAGGAGCAGAGGGAGAACACCAUUUGUAGCACCCGAGAGGAGCUUUACUCGGCCCAGGAGGAGAUUCUCGUCUUGCGGCACGCCAUGGAGGCAGCCACAGCCGAGCGGGAGCGGGACAUCGCCGCCCUACAGGAGGACCUGGGUGGUGUCCGGUGCGAGCUGGAGCACUGGAGGAGCACCGCCGCCAAGUAUGAGGAAGAGAUCCGUCAGCUGCAGGAGGCCUUCACGCAGCAGCAGCAACAACAGCAGGACAGCAGUCAGCUGCAUGGGGAGUGUGUUGCACUGCAAGAGCGGUGUGUGUCUUUGCAGCAAGACUGUGAAGGCCUGAGAACUGAGAAGAAAACUCUCACGGACAAACUGCGCCACCUGGAGUCAGAAUUGUACAGUACCAAGGCGCAGAGUCUGGUCCUCAGCAGCAGACUGGAGUCUUUGGGGAAGAGGGAAGAAGUUCUGCAGGACAAACUGGGUACUAUGGUGAACCAGCACUUGCAGGACGCAAGUGAGCUUAAGAGCCAGCUGAACCGGGCCCAGGACCACACACACACUCUACAGAGAGAGUAUGAAGACACACAGUCACAGCUGUCGGACCUUCGUCAGCGGUAUGAGCGAACAGAGCAGGAGAAGAUAAACAUCGACCAGGAGCUGGAGCAGUGUAGGAGCAGCCUGAAGAUGCAGCAGGACAAGAACAGCUCUCCAUCCAUACUGCAGCCUGUCCAAGCCAUAUUCAUGGGUCUUGUCCUGGCUCUGCUCUACUGGUGUUUCGGCCAGUUGUGGUAGAAAGGGCGGCUGGAGCCCCUGGAUGCCGGUCAUCGCAGUGAUGGUCGCCGUGACGGCAGCCUUUAUCUACCCCAACCUCUCCAAGAGCAGCUCGGCGUAGCACACACACACACACACACACACACACACACGCCACUGCUUUACUUGUAUAAAGUCGAAUUGUACAUAAUUGUAGAGGGAAUAUAAAGGUUGUGGUUUCUUACAGAUAUUUCUUUUGGUUUAUUUUGUCGAGCGACAGGAAAGUUUAGUUUUCAAUCUGCUCUCUCUCAACUGUGGUGUUUUUUUGUUUGGUUCCGAGCAUCACAUUGGUUGGUUUUACGUUUGGCCGUCGCUCAGUCCUGUUGCUCAUCGGCUUCCGUGCGAUUCCAUGUUUUUAUCUUAAAAGGGGAUCUGCACUUUUUGGGGGGAAUUUUGCCUAUCGUUCACAAUCAAUAUGAAAGACUCGACGACGGGGGAAUUUUUUUAAUGUAUUCUCAAUAUUAAAUAAAUGUAAUAAAAAGUCAGCUUACAAUGGAGCCUAUAGGAGCCGUAUAAUUCUCCUAAAAAAAACAUCCAAACUCCUCCAUUACGCUUUUAUAUACAUUUAUAAUAACCUUAUUGACGUAUUUCAUAAACGCAUCACGUUUGCUUUAUUUUUUUUCAUCACUGAUUAUUACUCACAAGUGCCAACAAACAUAAUACAACAUCACUUACUGUACAAUGUCUGCUGACGUUAGGAUGCCGACUGCUCGCAUGUUCAUAUAUUCCCAUUUAGGUGAAGAAGCAGUGGGGACAAGCGCUUUUCCUGUCGCUCUCGCCAGUUCCCGGUCCUAAAUGGUGAUUAACGUGUCCCAACUUGUCAGAUUAUAUUCUCAGCCAUCUACUUUUCAGGUGAGAUGCAUGAUUUAUGAUCUACAAUAAACUGACAGGGAGCAGGGAAGCGAGGAAACAGCAGACAGGAAGUGACCACGGCGCCGCUAUAAAUAGUCCGUCUGCGUUAGGGUUUAUAAUAACAAUAUCACUACCGUAUUUUUCGGAGUGUAAGUCGCUCCGGAGUAUAAGUCGAACCGGCCAAAAAUGCACAUUAAAGAAGGAAAAAAACAUAUAAGUCGCAUUUUGUGGGGAAAUGUAUUUGAUAAAAGCCAACACCAAGAAUAGACAUUUGAAAGGCAAUUUAAAAU